UUCCCCGUGCCUGUAGUCGCGGCUGAAGCUGCAGCCGCCUCCACAGCUGACCGGGCUCUGAGGAUUGGCCUCCUGCUGGCACCGUUGGGUUUCUGCAGUUGUCUUCACUGAGGAUGUGUCCCUGCGCCGCUGUGUGCCCGUCUCGCGGAGACCACCGGCGCACUUUCAUCUAGCGACUGGUCACCCUUGCAAUUAUGGAUAUUUAAAAGGAUCAGACAGUGUGGAGGGGGAGUUCCCCUCCUCACUCCCCCUUGGUGCUUGAUUCCAGGAAUAAUUUAUAAACUGUGGAAAGUUUUUUUUUUAAUAAAGAAUUUGCAUUUGAUAUAAACUUUAUAGAACUAUUUAUAAUUUUUUGAUUUAAGUGCCAAAAUAAAUUGUACAAAGAUAUAUAGUUUUAUACUAUUGCCAUUGAGGAUUUAAAUUAUAAUCCUAAACAAGUCAUUUAUUCUCUAUAAAUCUUACUGAAUAGCACCUUUUUGUCCUGGCUUUUUUAUUUUUAAAAAUUAGUCUUAACUAUUUCGAAGAACUACUAAGCAGUAUAAAACAAUUAGGAUGAAUUCUUCCAUCCCUGACUGCACAUCAAAGUGUCGAUCCCUGAAGCAUGCUUUGGAUGUCCUUUCUGUCGUAACAAAGGGGAAUGAAAACCAGAUUAAGGCCUUUCUCUCCAGUUAUUGUUACAAUGCUGCAACUAUCAAAGAUGCCUUUGGCAGAAACGCCCUCCACCUUGUUUCCUCCUGUGGAAAGAAAGGAGUAUUAGAUUGGCUUAUUGAGAAAGGAGUGGAUCUGCUGGUGAAAGACAAGGAAUCAGGAUGGACAGCUUUGCACAGAAGCAUUUUUUAUGGACAUAUUGAUUGUGUUUGGUCUCUCUUGAAGCAUGGUGUUAGUCUGUAUAUUCAAGACAAAGAAGGCUUGUCAGCUUUGGAUCUUGUAAUGAAGGAUAGACCAACUCAUGUAGUAUUCAAAACUACUGAUCCUACAGAUGUCUACACCUGGGGAGAUAAUACAAAUUUCACCCUGGGUCAUGGAAGCCAGAAUAGCAAACACCAUCCAGAGUUGGUGGAUCUGUUCUCCAGGAGUGGGGUUUAUAUCAAGCAGGUGGUGCUUUGUAAAUUUCAUUCAGUGUUUCUUUCUCAGAAAGGGCAGGUUUAUACCUGUGGUCAUGGUCCUGGGGGACGUUUAGGCCAUGGAGAUGAACAGACAUGCUUGAUUCCUAGGCUUGUGGAAGGACUGAGUGGUCAUACUUGUUCCCAAGUGGCAGCCGCUAAGGAUCAUACUGUUGUACUGACUGAAGAUGGAUGUGUUUAUACAUUUGGUCUGAAUAUUUUUCAUCAAUUAGGAAUUAUUCCUCCACCUUCCAGUUGUAAUGUACCCAGACAGAUGCAGGCAAAAUAUCUGAAAGGAAGGACAGUCAUUGGAGUAGCGGCAGGCAGGUUUCAUACAGUGCUGUGGACUAGAGAAGCUGUUUACACUAUGGGACUAAAUGGUGGACAACUGGGUUAUAUGCCAGAUCCCAAUGGAGAAAAGUAUGUAACUGCUCCUCGUCAAGUCUCUGCCCUUCAUCAUAAGGAUAUCACUUUGUCUUUAGUUGCUGCAAGUGAUGGGGCCACAGUCUGUGUUACCACAAGGGGAGAUAUUUACUUACUUGCAGACUAUCAGUGCAAGAAGAUGGCUUCUAAAGAACAUAUUAAUGGAGAAUUUUCUUUUUCACCUAGACAACUAAACUUGAAAAAAGUUCUUGUUUCUGGGGGACGUAUGGAAUACAAGGUUGAUCCUGAAAAUUUAAAGGAAAAUGGGGGUCAAAAAAUUUGCAUUCUUGCAAUGGAUGGAGCUGGAAGGGUAUUUUGCUGGAGAUCAGUCAGCAGUUCUCUAAAGCAGUGUCGAUGGGCCUAUCCACGCCAGGUCUUCAUUUCUGAUAUUGCUUUAAAUAGAAAAGACAUUUUAUUUGUCACACAAGAUGGAGAAGGAUUUAGAGGGAAAUGGUUUGAAGAAAAAAAAAAGAAUUCUGAAAAGAAAGCAGAGAUUUUAUCAAAUCUUCAUAAUUCCUCAUCAGAUGUGUCUUGUGUCUCUGAUAUAAAUAGUGUAUACGAAAGAAUUCGACUUGAGAAACUUACUUUUGCCCAUAGAGCUGUUAGUGUCAGCACAGAUCCAAGUGGAUGCAACUUUGCAAUCCUGCAGUCAGAUCCUAAAACAAGCCUUUAUGAAAUUCCAGCCGUAUCCUCAUCAUCCUUUUUUGAAGAGUUUGGCAAACUCUUAAGGGAAACAGAUGAAACGGACAAUAUUCAUGAUGUGACAUUUCAAGUUGGCAAUAGAAUUUUCCCUGCACAUAAAUAUAUUUUGGCAGUGCGUUCUGACUUUUUUCAGAAAUUGUUUCUUUCAGAUGGGACUACUUUAGAUUUUAUAGAUGUUUACCGGAAAGAUGAAGAUUCUGCAGGAUGCCAUCUCUUUGUCAUAGAGAAGGUUCAUCCUGACUUGUUUGAGUACCUUUUACAAUUUAUAUACACAGAUACUUGUGACUUUUUAAUUCAUGGCUUCACACCAAGAAUAAACUUAAACAAAAAGCCAGAAGAAUAUCAGGGCACUAUGAAUUCACAUUCAAAUAAAAUGCAUUGCCGUGAAGAUAAUCAAAAGUCAGCAUUUGAAGUUUACAGAAGUAAUCAAGCACACACAGUUAAUGAAAAGCAAAAAAGCAAAUCAAAGGCUUCCAAUAAAGGGAAAAGUAUUGGGGAAGAUGAUCCUGUAAGAAUGUUGCAAAAUGUUGCAAAGAAAUUUGGUUUCAGUAAUUUGAGUAGUAGGUUAGAUGGAGUCAGAUUUGAAAAUGGAAAAAUUAAUGUUAUUGAGAAGAAAACUGGUAAUAAAUCAAAGCUAAAUCAGAAAAAAUGUUCCUUUCUAUGUGAUGUGACCAUGAAAUCAGUGGAUGGAAAGGAAUUUCCUUGUCAUAAGUGUGUUCUAUGUGCUAGACUUGAAUAUUUUCAUAGUAUGCUGAGUAGCUCAUGGAUUGAGGCUUCUACUUGUACGGCUCUGGAAAUGCCAAUACAUUCUGACAUACUGGAAGUUAUUUUGGACUACCUCUAUACUGAUGAAGCUGUGGUGAUAAAAGAAUCUCAAAAUGUGGAUUUUGUUUGUAGUGUUCUUGUGGUGGCUGAUCAGCUUCUUAUAACUCGAUUGAAAGGGAUUUGUGAAGUAGCAUUAACUGAGAAACUUACCCUUAAGAAUGCUACUAUGGUACUGGAGUUUGCAGCAAUGUAUAAUGCUGAACAAUUGAAACUGUCUUGUUUGCAGUUUAUAGGACUGAAUAUGGCCGCUUUACUUGAAGCAAGGUCUCUUGAUGUUUUAAGUGAUGGUGUUUUGAAGGAUCUUUCUGUGUUUUAUAGAAAAAUGAUUCCAGCAAUGGAUAGAAGAGUCAUUACACCAUACCAAGAUGGACCAGAUAUUAGCUAUUUGGAAGUAGAAGAUGGAGAUGUCUUUUUGAAAGAAGAAAUAAAUAUGGAACAAAAUUAUUCGGAAAGUAUGUUCAAGAAGGCAAAAACAAAAGCAAAAAAGAAGCCGCGUAAGCGUUCAGAUAGUUCUGGAGGUUAUAACCUUUCAGAUGUUAUUCAGAGUCCACCAUCUACAGGAUUAUUAAAGUCUGGUAAGAACAAUUCUGUGGAAUCUCUUCCGGAACUGUUGACAUCAGACUCUGAAGGAAGCUAUGCAGGAGUGGGUAGUCCUAGAGAUUUACAGUCCCCUGAUUUCACAGCAGGAUUUCAGUCAGAUAAAAUUGAGGGGAAAAUUAAACCAUAUGUUAAUGGUACACCUCCUGCAUAUUCUAGGGAAGAUUUAAAACCAUGGGAAAAAUCACCAAUACUUAACAUAUCUGCUCCACAGACCAUUCCUAGUAACAGAAUUGAUACUGCAAACUCUUCUAGUUGGGUUGCUGGAUCUUUCAGUCCUGUCAGCCCUCCUGUUAUGGAUCUCAGAACCAUCAUGCAAAUUGAAGAAAGUAGACAAAAAUGUGGAGCUACACCAAAGACAAAUUUGGGCAAGAUGAUUUCUCAUGGAGUUAAACUUUCUCAGAAGCAACGGAAAAUGAUUGCAAUGACUACCAAAGAAAACAAUUCAGGAACGAAUAGCAUGGAAACAGCUUUAACUGCUCCUUCAAAAACUCCAAAGCCAGCAAACGCAUGGGCAUCUUCUGUACAUUCAGUUUCAUCCAAGUCAUUCCGGGAUUUCUUUGAAGAAAAAAAAUCUAUUACUGGCCAUAGUUCAGGAGAUCAUGUCAAAAAAGUUUGUUUUAAAGGAAUAGAAAAUUCUCAGGCAUCAAAAGUUGAAAGAUGCUCCCCUCAUGGUACCCCAGGACCAGAAGGCAACCAUAUUUCAGAUUUACCACUUCUAGACAGUCCCAAUCCCUGGCUGUCUUCUUCAUUGACUGCUCCUCCUGUGGUAGCUCCAGUCACUUUUGCAUCUAUUGUAGAAGAAGAAUUACAGCAGGAAGCAGCUUUAAUCAGAAGUCGAGAAAAACCCUUGGCUUUGAUUCAGAUUGAAGAGCGUGCAAUACAAGAUUUAUUGGUUUUCUAUGAGGCAUUUGGCAACCCUGAUGAGUUUGUUAUUGUUGAAAGGACACCACAGGGACCACUAGCAGUACCUAUGUGGAAUAAGCAUGGAUGUUAAUUUGCUAUGGAGUUGAAAUGCAAUUUUCAUAAAUCAUGGUUGUUACAAAGAAGAGCUGUGGAAAAGAGUUCUUAGAGAUUUGGUAACAUCUUUCUAGAUAGAAUAAGAAAGGAUCUAAUUUCUUUACUGCAGUUUAGGUGUAUGUUUGAUUAUAAACAGAUGCCACAGAAUUGUGAUUUUAGUAAUUUUUUAUGUAAAAAUGUGUGAAAGGAUACAUAGGUUAAAAGUUUAAGUAGAAUUAUUUCUUAACAGUCUGAAAAGGAAAACAUGAAUGAUUGAAGUGUAAAAUUUAAGAGUGAGGCAUUAAAAAUUCCGUUUGAGAAUUUGGGAUAAAUAAUUUAGAAGGUUUUGCCAAAUGUCUGUUGUUACUCUUCUUUGUUUUUUAUAUGAUAUUGAUGAGCUUAGUAGGAGCAUCAGCCAUUACUCUGAUCCAUUAAUGGCCAAAAUUUUGCAUUUGCAGUAGUUGUUUUCAUUCUUGUGUUUCUUUUGAUCAGGCUAUCAAUGUUUCAAGGUCUGUUUAAAGCAUGGACUGCUCAAAUGCCAUAUUAUUUCGAUCUGUAUAGCACAUUUUGCAUUAAACUGUGGAGUACAGUGAAUAGAGAAUGUGAAUACUAUUUUGAAGCUUAGUCCAAGAUAAUGGUUCCUUUAUUAAAUUUGGAGUCAUUGUGGGUUGUUUUUUGGUGGGGAGGGGAAACCUUAUAAAAGUCUGAUUAUGAGAGAAUCAAUUUCUCAAAAUAUUAAAAUUUCCAAAAUUAUACAAAGAAGAAUUGAAUAGUUUUGAAGACCCUUUACCAUAUUAUGUAAUCAGAAGUUCUCUGAGCUUGAGUUACAUGAAUAGACAUAAACAUUGUUUUCUUUAUUGUAUGCUAUUUGGUUUUGAGUAGUUAAAUUUUUAAAAAAACAAAUGUUAAAUAUGUGCUCCAAUAAACUAGACAAAUUGGGAAGGUUAAUGUUCCAGUUUCUGAAACAUAAUCUUAAGGGAAUAUAUAGGCAAUUCACUGCUUUAAUUCAGUUGAUGGAAAUAUGGCUGAAACUAACUUAAUACUUGAGAUUUAGCUAUACUUCAAACAGCAGAUUUGUAAGCAAAUGUGCAAUAAAAAAUAAUCUUGAUCCAUUUUAUUGUUAAUGUGUCUUUGAUAUACUAUAUUGACAUCUACCAUAAGAGGAGUUACAGUAGACCUCCUGAUCUACUGUACUAUAAUCAGUAUUGUUUAAAGUGAUGCUGUGUUCAUUCCUUCACUGCUUAAGAAAGGCAGUUUUUGAGGAUGCAUCUGUGAAAAGUUUUAUAUUAUUUUUGAGAAGAAAUGGAUUUUAUAAAGUUUUAUUGAAGUUGCAGUAAAGAGGCCUUCUGAAGUAAUUGCUUUAUUUCAUGUGAAGCUUUGAUUCUAAAUCCAUAUUGGCAUCUUCAACAUUUAAUGAUGCUUUAAAGUGAUGGUUUUCACAGUGCAUUCCAUGUUGCCUGGGAAGCACCCUAAAGAGCCUUUUUUUGGAUGGGUUGUGAAGGAGGAAAAAGGGCUGACUGAGCCUCUGGGGGCUUUAGGUCUUUACAAACAUCAGAGCAUUGCACUUUAUGGCCCAUUUUAUAUAGUGAGGUAUUGUAUAAAAUUUCAUUGGGAGAAAAAGAAUUCUUUUGCUAGUACAAUGAAAGAUAAGCACUGCUAUACACUAUAACUCUUCAUUAAUAAUUCCAUAAAGAUAGUAACCUAAUACUUUGCUGCCAAAAAGCCUGGGAAAGUGAUGGGAUUUUUUCUGCUAACAAUAUUAUUUUGCCUGUAAUAAUUAAUGUAUCUUUAAUCUCUUGACUUCAAGACUUAAUAGAAUUGAAGAAAAUCUAGAAAUUGUCAAUUUAAAGGAUCGGGGAGGUGAAGAAGAUUUUAAGAUUGACCACAAGUCAUAGAACUCUUUAUCCUGGAAAGGUGAUGGUUACAUGGAGGUGGAGGUGUAAAAUAAAAAUAUCCUGACAACUUGAAAAAUUGAUAAGUCUACCAAUCAAAGUAAAAGUAAAUUUUUUGUCAGAAUAGUAGGAUUUAGGACCUCUCAAAGUUCAAAAGGGAUGUCUUUUAAAAGAAGUUUAAGACAUUCCUACUUUAUAUUAUAUAGGAAUGACAGACAGUUGAGAAAUAUUGCUAGUCAGUAUAUAGGUUUGUUCUGUAACUCUUUUGGAGGUUGGAAUAUAUGUGUUUGCUCAUAAGGGCAUUAAUAGCUGUUUCAUUAAAAAAAAAAAAAAAAAAAAAGAAAGAAAGAAAGUAAACUCCAGAGAAAGUGACUAAUGAGAAUUAAGUUUGUCUUUUCAGUCUGAUUCCCCUAAAGCUGGGCCUCUUAGAAAUUGUUAAUGGUCUAUAGUAAUUUAACUGAAACUGAGAAAAUAUAAAAAAGCACUUAGAGAAGAUAAAUGUAUAACCCAGACGCUUCCAGAAUUGUCCAUUUAAGAGAGCUUUUCAGAAGAAACAUAACAAUCAUCCACCAAGGAAUUAGGGAAAAGUGAUCCAAGAUUUAUGGUUAUGAAUAUCUUAUUUGCUUGAAGUGAUGCUCAGUUAUGUAAGAUGCCAGGACAACCUGAUCUUUCCUACACACAUAACUUUCAAACUAUAUUUUAGUCUUUAUAUAUUUUAUUUUCUUAUAUGUCUACUUGGCUGCUUGGCUGGCAUUUCAUGUAUGUCAAAACUGAAUUCUUGAUAUCACCAAACUCACUGAUCUUUUUUUUUUAUUUCCUUAUCUCUUAAUUUGUCAUUCUUGUAUGGCAUUUGGGCUAAACAUAUAUACAUACAUUUGACUGAUUGAUUUUACUUACGAGAGACACAGAGAGAGGCAUAGACAUAGGCAGAGGGAGAAGCACACUCCAUGCAGGAAGCCCAAUGCAAGACUCAAUCCCGGCACUCCGGGAUAACACCCUGAGCCAAAGGUAGAGGCUCAACCGCUGAGCCACCCAGGCAUCCCUGGGCCAAACUUCUGGAUUCUAUUUUAUCUCUUUCCUCAUUUGCCCCCAAAUCUAUUGGUUGUCCAACUCCUGUCUUUCUUUUAUUUAAUCCUUUCCAUUUCAUUCUCAUUACUUACUACUGUGUUUUAUGUCCUUUUUUUCCAAAAAUGCUCAGACCUUUUGGUCCCACAACCAAAGGUUUAUACUGAUACAAAAUUGAGAACUCCAGAGAACUUUUAUUUAUAUGUGUCACAUAUAUUUGUAUUUAAUGUAUGCAACAUGAGAACAGUAAAAAUUCAGUUCCUUUAAAAAUAAUAAACUAUCAUGUUAAAUAACAUUUUUAAUGGAAAUGUAACUAUUACAAAACAAUAAGAUUUGGAUCGUUUUAUAUUUCUCUAUAUAAAAAUAUAUAACUCCAUAUUUCAGGUUUAGGUCUUUGCUGUCUGGGUUAAUAGAGGACUCCUAAAUUCUCCCAGCUGCUUCUGCAUUCAUUCUGUUGCAGUGUCCUUUGUCAUAUAGUGUCUAGAAACUUGAGAAACUGAGAUAGAAAGAGACAAAUGACAACUUAUGAAAAUGGUUUUGACCUCACUAACUCUUGAAAGGUUGAGAACAUCAUUAAGAAACACUGCUUUAGUCCUUAGCUGCUAUCCUUUUUUUCCAUCUGGAUGUGGGCUUUUCUUUGUGAGAAAAUCUUUAGUAAUACAGUAUUUCUCUACAUAUUACAGGCUUACUGAGAUUUUUUUUUAAUGUCUUCUUGAGUCAUUUUUUUUUUUAAGAUUUUCUUUAUUCAUGAGAGACACAGACAGAGGCAGAGACAGAGGCAGAGGGAGAAGCAGGCUCCCCGAAGGGAGUGUAGUGUGGGACUCAAUCCCAGGACCCCAGAUUACCACUUGAGCCAAAGGCAGAUAUUCAACCACUGAGCCACCCAGGUGCCUCUACUUGGGUCAGUUUCAAUAAUUUAUAUCUCUAGGACUUUAUCUGAAUUACCUGGUUUGUUGGCAUAAAGUUCUGCACAGUAUUUCUAAUCCUUUUAAUCUCGAUAAGCUUGGUGGUGAGGUUUCUACUUUCACUCUCAAUUUUGGGUCUGUUUUCUUUCCUUUUUUCCCUUGAUAUAUUAAUUUUGUUAAUCUAUUCAAAGAAUCAACUUUGGGGUUCAUUGAUUGCUUUCCCUAUUUUUCCCCAUUGGUUUUAACCUUGAUGUUCAUUAUUUCCCUUUUUCUGCUUGCUUUAGCUUUAAUUUAUUGUUCUUUUGCUAGAUGUUUAACCCUAGAUUACUGAUUUUAAGAGCUUUCUUUUUUCCAAUAGGCACUUAAAGCUAUAAAUUUACCAUUUAGCACAUUAAUUUUUGUAUGUUUUCAUUUUCAUUCAAAAUUUUUAAAAUUUCCUUUUGAUUUCUUUUUUGAACUGUGGAUUAUUUAAAAGUAUAUUGUUUAAUUUUAAAAUAUUCAGGAAUUUCUCCAGUAUCCUUUUGUUGUUUAUUUCUGUUUUAAUUUUGUUAAAUUUGGAGAACCUAUUUGUAUUGUUUCAAUCCUUUUAAAUUUAUUAAUUUAUUGAGAUGUAUUUUAUCAUGUAGAAUCUUAGAGAUUGCUCCAUGUGUUCAUGAGAAGAAUAUGAAUGAAUUUGACAUCAUCUUCUGAAAUGGCAGCUUAUAGGAUUUUGUUUUCUGUGUUGAGAACAGAAAUUGUUACCAAAAUAAAGGACAAGAAUACAAGCUAAAAAUCAAAAGG